GCGCAUGCGCGACUGGAAACCGAAUCUGGUAUCACUGGAUCUUGUUUAUUUCUUUUUUUCUUUUCUCUAGAUGAAAUUGGAUGAAAUAUAACUGCAUGAAAACUUUGUUAUAAUUAUUGUAGCUCCUAUGAUUAGUUUAUUUCAGAAAAAAAAUGUAUAAAAUUUAAAAAACGAUAAAGACUACACAAGUAGUAAGUUAUAUUUGAAAGAAUUUGCAUAAAUAGAAAACAUGAAUCACUAUAUAAUAUUUUUAUUUGUAUUUAUCCUUGAAAGAGGAAUUUGUUUUGAAAAUUGUAAGCCAAAUAUAGCUAUUAUCGGUGGUGGUAUUGGUGGUGCAGCAAGUUCGCAUUUUCUUACAGAAUUAUUUAAAAAUAAUCUUAACAUUGAUUUAUACGAAGCAAAAACUAUCGGUGGACGCCUAGCCACAAUUCAAAUGGAUGAUAAUGAAUUUGAAGCUGGUGGUUCAAUUAUACAUCCUGAAAAUAAGUACAUGCAAGAAUUUGUUAAACUACUUGGUUUAGAACACGUGCCAAGUAAUAAUCAAAGAGCAGGGAUUUGGAAUGGUGAAGAAUUCGUAUUUGAAGAAAGUAACUGGGAAAUAGUAUCUUUAGCUAAAUUAUUUUAUAAAUAUGGUAUUCAACCAUUUAGUCUUAAUAGAUAUAUAAAUUCCAUAGUUAAUAGCUUUGCAAAGAUAUACAACUUACAGGACGCUGGAAAAUCAUUUGAAAAUAUCACUAGUUUCUUAACAGUAAUGAAUGCAGAGUUCCCAAAAUUAUUACAAAUAUCUAUUAAACAAUACCUUUUAAACUUGGGUUAUGCAGAAAAAUUAAUCGACGAGAUUGUUAAGGCUACAUCUGUCGUAAACUAUGGACAAGAUACCAAUAUUCAUAGUUUUGUUGGUAGCGUAUCUUUAGCUGGAGCAGGUUUCAACUUGUGGUCCGUUAAAGGGGGAAACAAAAAGGUACCUGAACAUUUAAUAUAUAGAAAUAGAAAUGUAAACAUUGUACCUUCCUGUGUUACAAAAAUUGUUAAUGUGCCAAUAGAAAAUGGUACCAAUUUAUAUGAAGUGCAUUAUCGCAAUAAAGAUAGUACAACUGUAAUGAAAUCAACGUAUGACAUCGUAAUUGUUGCAACUCCUCUUAUUCGUGAUCAAGAAUUUCCUAUAAUUUUUGAAGGAUUUCCUAACAAUGAUCUUCACAGCAUAGGAAAAUAUCAUAAAACUAGAGUUACUUUUGUUCAAGCAGAUUUAAAACCAAAUUAUUUUGGUUUAAUAGAAGGAAUAGAUGCUAUACUUAGUUGCGAACCCAAUAAAACAAUAGUUAGUUCUGUGGGAAAAUUGAGUUCUGUAGAUGGCUUAAUGAAACAUAGCAGGGUUUGGAAGAUCUUUAGCAAUACACCUUUAAAGGAAGGAAUUAUAAAUGAAAUGUUUUCAAAUAUCAAUGCGGUGAAGGAAAUUGUUUGGGAUGCUUAUCCUGAAUAUUCAACAGAAAUUCAUGAAGCAAAAUUUAAACUGCACAAUGCGCUUUAUCAUGUGAAUGCCAUUGAAUGGGCUGCCAGUGCAAUGGAAAUGAGUGCAAUAAGUGGAAAAAAUAUCGCAAUUUUAGCGCAUGAAAAUUUUUCUCAAAAAUGUAAUUUUAAACGUACUCAACAAACACAAGCUGAUGUACCUGAAAAUACACCAUCUAUAGAAUUAUAGUAAUUAUACUAUAUGUUAUUACAUACAUAUGUGAUUGCAAAUUAUUUUAAUAAAACUACUUUAAAUACAUGAAGUUUAAAAUUAUAAAAAAAUAUAAAAUCAUAUGAUUGAUCUGUAAAAUAAUACGCUGAAAAUUCUUAUAAUUUGAUUAUUUUAUCAAAAAUGUAAAAUGAUUCUUUAGAUUAGAUAAUCAUUUAUAAAUAAUUGUGUUAUUUGGAAUUAUGGAAUGCAGUGGAAUCGAGGCGUUGUAAGCUGUAAACAUUUGUGACGAAUUGUGAGCCAAAGUAUAAUGUAACAUGACCGUAUACAGUCAUUGUUCGCGGAGUUAUGAUUAUUUAAAGUUGAGUGAAUUUCAAUAAAACCUUUUAUUGCUCCGUG